UGAACAUAGGUCUUGAGAUUACAGUCACCAUCAUAAAACCAAGAGCUGAGCCCCUGCUUGGACAAACCUUGCCGUAAUAUAUGCGUGCGCUACUAGGUCAACAACUAGUAGCAUAUCUUCACGGAGUUACGGUGUUUGGUUUAUGAAGCCAUGUUAGUUAGUACAUAGUAAGGAAGAUAACAUGUCAGUAAGGUAGGCGGGCGUCUUACGUAACAGUCAUCUCCGCUACUGAAUAACAGACUCAUUCUUUUGAUUUUUAAUAGUUUUGUUCACUUCAGCCUGCAAUUAAAUACGGCGUUGAAACCAAAUCAAAACAAUUCGAUUUAUAUGCCAUACUAAAACAAUUUUCUCUUCUCAUUCGACAUUUUUUACGUAUCUCAAGUAAUAUUUUAAUUAUUUCCAGCUGAUAGUGUCGCCACAAAAACAAAAAGAGAAUAUUGCCCUACAUAACAGUGUGUACAUAUUAGGUUUGUCGGGUUAUGUUUUGUUUCGCGUGGUUGUUUGUGUCGGUGCUUUGUAUUUUAUUGUGAAGUGUCUGAAGCCCAGAGACUGCAACUUCAUUUCACUAUGACAUUAAGUGAAGAAGCAGAACAUGAAUCUCUCCUGGACUCAAAUUCUAAAUAUCAGAAAUCAUCUUACAAUUCUGUUACUUACGAGCGUGAGCCGAAAUGCUCCCAUGAUAAGGGCUGCGAGUCAGUGAUCUGCAUGAACAGCCUCCCUAGCAAUGGCGGUGAUGCAAACGUUAGUAACCCUUUGGGAAUUCCCGGUGUCGCCAUAGAUCAAAUGGCCUAUACGUGGCGAAACAUCAACGUUCAGACUUCAGGCUUGAAGCUGAGAAGACGUGGGAUCUGGUGUCGACGAGGCGGGUCCACAGCCGAUCAACAUGGGAAACAGAUCCUCAAAGACGUGAGUGGAAUAGCGCGUCCAGGAGAGCUGCUUGCCAUCAUGGGAUCCAGCGGAGCCGGGAAAACGACCCUCCUAAACACUCUGAUGUUCCGUUCGCCGCCCAAUCUCCAGGUGAGUGGACAGAGGGCUCUGAACGGCAUCCCCGUCAGUUCCAGCACCCUGACCAGCUUGUCGGCCUACGUACAGCAGGAUGACCUGUUCGUCGGGACCCUCACAGUACGAGAGCACCUCGUAUUCCAGGCUCUAGUGAGGAUGGACAGAAACAUUCCGUACAGAAAUAGAAUGUCUCGGGUAGAAGAAGUUAUUUCAGAGCUUGCCCUGAACAGAUGUCAGCACACUGUAAUAGGAGUUCCAGGAAGAAUCAAGGGUAUUUCAGGAGGGGAAAUGAAGAGGUUGUCAUUUGCAUCUGAGGUGCUGACUAACCCACCACUCAUGUUCUGCGACGAGCCAACCUCUGGCCUGGAUUCGUUCAUGGCACAAAACGUGGUGUUGGUGUUGAAGAAUAUGGCACUCAAGAGUAAGACAGUGGUGGUCACUAUCCACCAACCCUCUUCUGAAAUCUUCGCUAUGUUUGAUAAGGUACUGUUGAUGGCUGAUGGACGUGUAGCCUUCUUGGGGUCUUCAGACGAUGCCUGCAAUUUCUUCAGAGAGUUGGGCGCAGUGUGUCCCAGUAAUUACAACCCAGCAGACUUCUUCAUCCAGAUGCUCGCAGUUGUACCCACUCGGGAGGAAACCAGCAGGCAGACAAUCGACAUGGUGUGUGACGCCUUCCAGACGUCAGAGGCAGGGCGGAGAAUUAUCGCGGAAGCUGGCGAGGUAUCAGGCGGAUUGUCAGGAGCGGGAGGCUCUAAGAGCUUUUCUCAAGUCGUGGACCACCAGCGCUCCCCGUACAAGGCGUCAUGGUGGGCGCAGCUGCGGGCUGUUUUAUGGCGCUCUUGGAUUAGCAUCAUAAAGGAGCCUCUCCUCAUCAAAGUGCGGAUUCUUCAGACGCUGAUGGUGUCCGUGGUGAUUGGCGUGAUUUACUAUGGUCAGGAAUUGAACCAGGACGGUGUCAUCAACAUCAACGGAGCUCUCUUCAUUUUCCUCACCAACAUGACAUUCCAGAAUGUAUUUGCUGUCAUCAAUGUGUUCUGCGCCGAGAUGCCGGUGUUUCUGCGGGAGCAUUUCAACGGCAUGUAUCGUGUGGACGUGUACUUCUUGUGUAAGACCCUGGCCGAAGUUCCCGUGUUCGCCGCCCUGCCCAUCAUGUUCACCUGCAUCACCUACUACCUGGUGGGUCUUAACCCCAGUUUCCUGCGUUUCUUUGUCGCAAACAUUGUCGUCACGCUGGUAGCCAAUGUCGCCGUAUCAUUGGGUUACCUCAUCUCCUGUGUCAGUACCAGCGUUUCCAUGGCAAUGGCAAUAGGUCCGCCGGUAAUCAUUCCGUUCCUGCUCUUCGGAGGUUUCUUCCUGAACAGCAGCUCGGUGCCGGCUUACUUCAAGUGGCUGAGUUACUUAUCUUGGUUUAAGUACGGUCACGAGGCACUCCUCAUUAACCAGUGGUCAGACGUGCAGCACAUUGAGUGCACACACUCCAACACGACGUGCCCCAGGAAUGGACUCGUGGUCCUUGAGGCCUUGAAUUUCAAAAAGGAGCAUUUCUUACCGGAUCUCGUCAGUUUGGUGUCUCUCAUACUUAUCUUCCGGUUGUUUGCCUUCUUUGCGCUGCUGUGGAAAACUUUCCCUCAAAUUACUCUUUCAAGUUCUGAAUUUGUCAUUGCUGGUGACACAUCGAGGGAAUGGCGUUUCGAAUUUCUGUGGCUUAUGGCUACUGACAUAGUGAGAGAAGAGGGGCGUUGUUACGGAAAAUGGGAUCCUUCGGAGCACGGGGCCACUCUCACCUGGAGAGACGUGAGUGUCUACACGAUCGUGAAGGAAACCGUCGGUUUCUGCAGAAGAACCAAACCAACCUACAAGAGAAUAGUCAACAAUGUUACAGGAGCAGUGAAGCCUGGGAGUUUGGUAGCCCUGAUGGGGGGUAGUGGAGCUGGAAAGAGUACUCUCAUGGCAGCCCUGGCAUAUAGGAAUCCAGUUGGUGUGGUUGUUGACGGAGAUAUAAGGGUGAAUGGAAGGCCCCUGGGUGAUUACAUGCACCGUCUGUCGGGGUUCAUGCACCAGCAAGACUUGUUCGUCAGCAGCCUCACCGUCCAGGAGCACCUCAACUUUAUGGCGCGACUCAAACUAGACAGAAGGACAUCGAACUUAGAACGUCAGGGCAUAGUAUCCGACCUGCUGGUGCAGUUGGGGCUUAAUGAUAAUGCCAGCACUCUGAUAGGAGCAACCGGACAGGACAAAGUAUUGUCUGGGGGAGAGAGGAAGAGGUUGUCUUUCGCUACCGAGCUACUCACGGACCCUCCCUUGCUGUUCUGCGACGAGCCCACGACGGGAUUGGACUCGUUUUCGGCACACAAACUCGUGGAGAAGAUGAAGCAGAUGGCGUAUCAGGGGAGAACUAUCCUGUGCACCAUACACCAGCCUUCCUCCGACGUCUUCAACAUGUUUCAUGAGCUCAUACUGAUAGCGGAUGGACGAAUCGCCUUCACUGGCGAUACAAAGACAGCUCUUGAGUUCUUCAGCAAACAUGGUUAUGACUGCCCGGAAAAGCACAGUCCUGCAGAUUUCUUCAUCCGUACGCUGGCGAUGACUCCGGGUUCGGAAGACGCAAGCCGUCAGGCUGUGAAAAGGCUGUGUGACGAGUUCGUGGUGAGUGACACGGCGCGAGAAGUGGAACUAACGGUGCAGUUCCAAGAGCAUGUGGGGUCCACCUACGAGCACUUCGGCGACGUAAGAGAACAAAACUUCAAAGCUCCGUUUUGGUGUGACAAAUUGCAGUUGCUGACGCAUCGUUAUUUUCUACACGUUCUUCGGGAUCCUUCAAUUCAGUUUCUGAAAAUUUUGCAGAAAAUAACUAUUGCCGUCAUGGUGGGUCUCUGUUAUGCCGGCACUGUGCGGGAGACCCAGGCCGGGGUGCAGUCUGUACAGGGCGCCCUCUUCAUCUUCGUGACAGAGAACACAUUCACUCCCAUGUACUCGGUGCUGGCCCUUUUCCCUCUGGAACUACCGCUUUUCAUGAGGGAAUAUCGCAACGGGCUCUACAGCACCCAUAUCUACUACCUAUCAAAGAUGGCUGCCAUGCUUCCUGGGUUGAUUGUUGAUCCGCUACUGUUCGUGAUCGUUGCUUAUUGGCUUACUGGACUACGAGGCACACUAUACGCUUUCUUAAUGACGGUCUUUAUUACAAUCCUGACGGUGAAUGUGGCCACGGCCUGUGGUUGUUUCUUCUCGAAUGCCUUCGAUUCCGUGUCUAUCGCAAUGGCGUAUUUGGUUCCAUUUGAUUAUGUUCUGAUGGUCACGUCCGGACUUUUUAUCAAGCUGAGCACUCUGCCAUAUUACGUCAGCUGGACCAAGAACCUGUCCUGGCUAAUGUACUCCAACGAGGCUAUGUCCGUAGUACAGUGGGCGGAUGUUGGCAAUAUCACAUGCGAAAUGCAAAGUCCAGACCUGCCAUGUUUGAAGGAUGGAUCAGAAGUCCUGGACAGAUACAGCUUCUCAACAGAAAAUUUGUGGAGGGAUGUUAUUGCUAUGGCAACUUUAUGUUUUCUUUUUCAUCUUUUCGGAUACUUAUGUCUAAGUUCCCGAGUGAGAAACUCUUGAUUGUCUAUUGAUUUAUCUGUAAGAUAAAAUAAAUGGAUGUUAAAUGUA